GGGUACAAGCUGGGCAGAGCAGAGCAAUACAAUGGUAACUUAUAUCUGUACUUUUAGUAUAGUCUUAUGUUUUGGCAGGGGUAUGUGCAUUUAUUUUGUGUUGUGGCACACCAGGGUAUUGGUUUUACCCAUGUUUUUAUCAGGUUUCUAAGGGCUUAGACCUGGGUCUGGAUUGGGUUGCUGGUUGUUAGUAGUUGACCAUAUUCUGGGGAUUCUUUGUAGAGAAUCCAAGUUGUCCAAGUUUUAGUGAAGUUUUCACGUGCUUUAAUGGUGUGUGCUAACAUUUCUUCCAUUCUCAUAAUAUGGUUGAGUUCAAUCGCCCAGUCACCAAUCGUUGGGGGUUUGGUAUUCUUCCAGAGCCUGGGUAUGACUGUUCUAGCUGCCGUUAAUGAAAAGGCUAGGAAACCCUUGUGUUUCUUUUCUAUCUUUUAUUUUGGUAAAGUGUUGCAAGAUGGCAGCAUUUUAUAAGAGGCAAACCAAGGAGACCCUCAUCAACCUCUGUGAGCAAAGAGGCAUUGAUGCAGCGGACAAAUCAAAGGAGAUGUUGGUUUGUGCCUUGGUGGAACAGGAGCAGCAGAACUACACCCCUGAGUCGGGAGAUUAUGCCACUCAGGACAUGCCAGUGCUGAACUCUGCUCCGGGAUCCUCUCAGCGAGAGGAUAGUAAUAGCUGCAGUGGGCAGGGUGACAGGAAUUCAUCCUUGCAAGCAGCUUUGCAAUUGUUGGGUUCAGAUGAACCCCAGCUGCACCUUCAGCCGAUCCUGCAAUAUCAACAGGCGGAAGCAGGAAGAGAGGCUGCAGAAAGAGAGGCCGCAGCAGCAGCAGCAGAAAGCGAGGCCGCAGCAGCAGCAGCAGAAAGAGAGGCCGCAGCAGCAGCAGCAGAAAGAGAGGCCGCAGCAGCAGAAAGACAGGCAGAACGCCAGUAUCAAUUGGAGUUAGCAAAGCUCCAGCAACAGAGAUUAACCCCCACGUUCCAGUGAGUCCUCGGAAUU